AUGGCGUCAGGAGAGUUGGCGUCUGGGAGAGCGAAAAAGCUGAUAGAGCGGUUUAAGAACAACAUUGAGGGGAAAAGCACAAUCAGCACCAAUCAGGAUGCCAAUCACUUUCUUGAGGCCACUGACAUCUUAUGUCGAUGCAAAACGCCAGCUUUUUAUGUAGAGUCGAUCAUUUCGAGCGCGAAAGGAGUCGAAACUCUGGGGAGCGUUGUGCGAAGCGAUCUCUCCACGGGCUUCAUCUCAUCUGUCAUGACCAUGCUGAUGAAGCAUCUUUCGAAUCCCAUGGUAAAAACCAUCAACAGUGGGCACUUUCUUCAACGCAUCUUGUUCGCGGUCCUGUGCCCCCCUACUUUCUGGUCAGCUGUUCUCAAACACCAGCAGAGUACUGGAUUUAGUGUGGGUGAAGUUGAGACUUUUGCCUGGCUUUGUUUGGAGAUUGUCUCAAUGAAGUCUCCCGAACUUGACACACUGUAUGGCGACGUUGGGGCUUUGAUGGAUAGCCAGUCUCUCAUCAGAGCAGCCUCACAUCCGGUCAGGAAACUGGCCUAUCGAAUCGAAAAAAUCCUCAAACUGCACUCGAUUGCGGCUACCGCAACCACAGGUCAUGGCCCCGGUGGCCGCCAUGACAAUGACUUCCUGGACUUUCGCGCAAUCUCCAUCUAUCCGACCGCAGAUGAAGUCCGUUCCAUGGAUGAACCAUUUCUGCAACGGUUAGAUGAUGUGUUCGAUGUUCCGCGCGAGUCUCGGUCAGCUACAUACCUCUCGUGGCUCUAUCGGCUACUGAGAGAAGACAUGCUUGCAGAUAUGAGGGACAAUCUUGCCAUUGCAUGGGGCCAGAGGAAGGGACGGCGGAAACCUCCACGUCUUGGCGGACUGAGCCUCGUAGGAUUCGGCGACGGCAGCAAGACGCGUGUUAAUCCACUGGCUCUACAGCUGCAAUGCGAGGAUGGAAUCGUAUUCCCUCGUUCGAUUGACCAGAGAGAUCGAAAAACCUUCCUCGAAGGCUCUGGAAAAUCGUUCAUGAAAAACAACUCUAUAGGCGUAUUGUGCCGUAACAAUGAUAUCAUCGCCUUUGGCUGUCUAAUUCGCAAUGUCGACCUGCUGCUGAAAAAGACACCCACUGUCGUCAUCAAGUUCAUCAACGUAGAGGCAUUGAAGAACUCAUUGGAAGCACUCCUACAUCCUAUGAAAGGUGAACUCCAAUUUCAUGUUGUCGAUACCGCUACUUUUGCCUAUGAGCCCAUCUUGCAGCGGUUGAAGGAGAUUUACGAAAUACCACUUGAAGACAUGGUGCUGGAUCCAAAAUCGGCCACAAGCCUAUAUCAGCCGCCUGAAAAACUGUCGCAAUUAUUGAGGCAACUCCGAGCAGCACUUGACAAGCAACAAGAAGUUAACCUGUCCUCCUUCGGCCACAUAGGCGGAUCUAUCCGUGUAUCUGGUGCACAGCUGGAAUCUCUGAUCAACGGUCUGGAAAACUGCGUUGGUCAGAUACAAGGUCCGCCAGGCACGGGGAAAUCAUUCAUCGGGGCUCUGAUAUCGAGAAUCAUCCUUAAGCUCACCAAUUAUCGGAUUUUGGUGUUGAGCUAUACAAACCAUGCUCUGGACCAGUUUCUCGAGGACCUAUUGGACAUCGGAGUAUCGGAAAGGGACAUGGUGCGGAUCGGUUCCAAAUCGACAACGAGAACUGAACCUCUUCGGCUUGAAACACUCUGCAAACAGCCAGCAUUUCGGUUCUCCUUUGAAGUCAAUGCUACCAUUCGAAAGUAUAAAUCAGAAGCCUCUGACGUCAAUGAACGGCUCGUUGAUGUAGGGGAAAAACUCGCAACCGCCUACGUCGACCCAGAUGACAUACUUACGCUGCUGGAGUUCUCCGAAGAUGCGACACCUUUUUGGCCCGCAUUUCAAGUCCCAAAGCAGGAUGAUGGCUUUGAACUAAUGGGCAAGAAUAACAAGCCGAUUCGAGCAGGUGAAAUUCUGGAGUUAUGGGUACAGGGGCAAGAUUCCGGUGUUGUUCGUGCUCUGCUAGCCUCCAUGGACCCAGCAUCUCGCUCGGUAUGGAGCAUCCCCAUCAGCUCGCGAACGGAGUUUUUGAAUCAGUGGUGCUCCAAAGUACGCCAUGACCAGACCCAAGAGUUUGCUAGCCUUGCGGAGAUGUCGAGCAGGAUUCAGCGAGAAAUUGACAGUUUGUACAACGAAUCCAAGCGAAAGGUUCUGCGGAGUAAACGUGUUAUUGGUUGCACUACUACUGCGGCGGCCAUGUACCAAUCUAUCAUCGAGUCAGCGCAGCCUGACAUGGUCUUAGUCGAAGAGGCAGGAGAGAUUCUAGAAGCUCACAUCAUCACUGCACUCAGCUCAUCGGUGAAACAGCUCGUGCUCAUUGGUGACCAUAAACAACUUCGCCCCAAGGUAAACAACUAUACCCUCACAGUGGAAAAGGGCGAAGGGUUCAACCUCAACAUGUCCAUGUUCGAAAGGCUGAUACAUCAGGGCCACUCAUAUACUACUCUCCGAGAACAGCAUCGCAGCCAUCCCGAGAUUUCCCACUUUGUCCGUCGCCUGGCCUAUGAACAUCUUGAAAAUAAUCCGAAAACCCUCGAGCGUGAAAAAGUCAGAGGACUCAAAGGGAGAGUUAUUUUUGUCCAUCAUGAGCACCAGGAGGAGAAACUUGCUGAUGUGGCCGAUCGUCAGCUGGGAGAGUCCAAGAAAAACGCGUUCGAGGCUGAAAUGGUGCUCAAGAUGGUCCGGUACCUAAGCCAGCAAGGAUAUAAAUCCAAGCACAUGGUAGUCCUGACGCCGUACUUGGGUCAGCUGUCGUUGUUGAGACAAAAACUCAGUCGUGAUCAUGACCCCUGGUUGAAUGACCUGGACUCAUAUGAAUUGACUCGUGCCGGGCUGAUGACACAAGCCGCUGCCAAAGUGAACAAACAGCCGCUGCGGUUGUCCACCAUUGAUAAUUACCAAGGCGAGGAGAGCGACAUUGUCAUCGCGUCUCUCACCAGAAGCAACUCAUCUGGAGAUAUCGGAUUCAUGGCCGCACCCGAGCGACUGGUGGUUCUCAUGUCACGAGCGAGGAAUUGCGCCGUGCUAUUUGGAAAUAUGCACACUUUUACAAAGAGUAAAAAGGGCGGCGAGUUGUGGGGAGACUUUUUCCAGGCCCUUAAAGAAAAGGAGUGCUUGUUCGAUGGUGUGCCUGUGUAUUGUGAGCGACACCCUGAUCGAGAGGCACUCCUGAAAUCAGCAAAUGACUUCGACCAGCAUUGCCCUGAUGGGGGCUGUUCAGAGCCUUGUGGCAAGCCGUUGAGCUGUGGGAAGCAUGCCUGUGAUCUUCGAUGCCAUCGAGCUAUUGAUCAUUCUCAGUUUCCCUGCAACAAAAGGGUCUCUCAUACUUGUGUUCGAGGGCACAAGUCGAAAAUCCUCUGCUCAACAAAAGUUGAAGGCUGCAAGUCGUGUGCUCGCGAAGAUGAAGAGAUUCGCCGGCGCGCCGCACAAGACUUGAAGUUAGAGAUCAUGAGACAAGAAAAACAAGCCGCAUAUGCUAGUGAACUUCAAAAGAUUGGCGAUGAGAUUGAUCACUAUGAGCGCGUCUUGGCUUACAAGAGAGAAGAGCAGACGCAACAGGCUCAGCUGGAAGAAAAGAAGGCCAAGCUGAAGGGCUUGAAGGCAGCCCAAGAAAGGAGAGAGGCAGUUGAAAGUUCCAAAAAGGCACAAGCGCGGAAGGACCAACCUAGGACGGGAAACAGCAAGAACUCGGGCUCCAAACUUAAGAGUCAAGCACAGCAAGAAUGGGAAUGGAUGAAAGAGCACGGUGAGCCCAGUAAUGAGGCUCUCAACAAACUCAUGGACCUAAUAGGUCUCGAGACUGUAAAGGAGGAAUUCUUGGCUGUCAAGUCCAACAUUGAUACAAAAAUCCGGCAAGAGCUAUCGUUGUCCGAGGAAAGACUGAGCUGUUCAUUGCUGGGCAAUCCGGGGACGGGAAAAACAACAGUUGCUCGCCUGUGGGCAGAAUUCCUUGCAUGUACAGGAGCUCUCCCUGGCGAUGGCUUCAAGGAAACCUCCGGAUCCAAGCUUGCCAAUAUGGGCGUUUCUGGCUGCGAAAAGCUCUUAGAGGACCUGAAGGACAAUGGAGGGGGCGUGUUAUUUAUUGACGAAGCUUACCAGUUGUCCUCGGGGAACAGUCCCGGCGGCAAGGCAGUAUUGGACUAUCUCCUUGCCGAGGUAGAGAACCUCCGUGGCAAAGUGUCAUUCGUUAUUGCGGGCUAUGACAAGCAAAUGGAAACCUUUUUCGCCCAUAAUCCUGGGUUUCCCAGCCGAUUUCCGAUCCAGAUGCGAUUCAACGACUACUCAGACGACGAGCUGCUCCAGAUCCUCCAACGCCAGGUUGACCGGAAAUACAAGGGCAGAAUGGCCAUUGAAGACGGGCCCGACGGCUUGUAUUUCCGAAUAGCUGCUCGGCGGAUUGGUCGCGGUCGAGGUAAAGAGGGCUUUGGUAAUGCUCGUGCUGUAGAGAAUGUACUGGCACAGAUGGGGAAGAGGCAGUCAACCAGGCUUCGGCAAGCACGCCGGUCCGGUGCCAAGCCUGACGAUCAUUUUCUCACCAAAGAAGACAUCAUUGGUCCGGAGCCAUCCGCGACGUUGGUCAAUUGCAAGGCAUGGCAGAGGCUGAAUGAAAUGAUUGGCCUUGCCGAAGUAAAGCAGGAGGUUAGGGUUCUGCUGGACUCACUUACAACAAACUACCAAAGAGAGCUUGAAGAAGAACCCCUCAUGUCCUUCUCUCUCAACCGCGUCUUCAUCGGGUCUCCCGGAACUGGGAAAACGACAGUGGCUAAGCUUUACGGCAAGAUACUAGCAUCACUGGGCAUGUUGUCGAACGGUGAGGUAGUUGUCAAGACGCCGGCCGACUUCAUUGGGUCUGUGCUUGGACAGUCUGAGGCGCAGACCAAGGCCAUACUCGCCUCGACGAUAGGUAAAGUUCUCGUCAUUGACGAGGCAUACGGGCUGCAAGGUGCCGGGGGUGCCGAUGGCUCGCAUGUAGCCGACCCAUAUAGGACUGCUGUCGUGGACACCAUUGUGGCCGAGGUUCAAAAUGUGCCCGGCGAAGACAGAUGUGUUAUACUUCUGGGAUACAAGGAACAAAUGGAGGAAAUGUUCCAAAAUGUUAAUCCAGGGCUCAGUCGCCGCUUCGCCAUCGACUCGCCAUUCAUAUUCCAAGACUUUGACGACGAUGCCCUAUCACGAAUCCUGGAUUUGAAGCUCAAAGAUGGUGGAUUCCAGGCAACUGCGCAGGCCAAGCGAGUUGCGCUGGACAUUCUUUCCCGGGAGCGUAACCGUCCGAAUUUUGGCAAUGCUGGUGCCAUAGACAACUUAUUGAGUAAAGCAAAAGGCGGCUAUCAGAAGCGGAUUUCCGCGGGAAAAGCGAAAAGAAGCCAAUUGGAGGCAGUCGACUUUGAUGACAACUUUGACCGCCGGAGCGCAACUGAUGUAGAGGAACUCUUUGCAGGGGAUAUCGGACGCGAAAAGGUCAUUUCACUACUCAAAAAUAUCCAGGAUAGAUUCAGGCAGCUCAAGAGCCUGGGAAUGGAUGUCGACGAGGAAAUCCCAUUCAACUUUUUAUUUCGAGGUCCCCCAGGCACCGGAAAGACGAUGACGGCAAGGAAGUUUGGCAAGUUGUACUACGACAUGGGAUUCCUCAGCAAGGCCGAGGUGGUCGAAUGCUCAGCAACAGACCUCAUUGGCCAGUACGUUGGACAUACCGGUCCAAAAGUCCACAAGGUUUUGAACAAUGCGCUCGGAAAAGUCUUGUUCAUCGACGAGGCCUACCGACUCGCAGGGCACGGCUUCGCAAAGGAAGCAGUUGACGAGCUCGUGGACUCGGUCACCAAAGAAAAGUACAAAGGCAAGCUCAUCAUAAUCCUGGCCGGCUACGUCAAAGACAUCAACAAUCUUUUGUCUGCGAAUCCUGGGAUGACGAGCCGAUUCCCCGAGACGAUAGACUUUGACCCGCUCAGCGCUGAGGACUGCCUCAAGCUGCUCACAAGCUCGCUGGCCAAGAGGAAGGCAGACAUUGAGCGAAAAGGAAAACUGCUAGACUUGUCCUGCUUGCAAUACCCAUCCGAAGAUUUUGAAAGGAACAUUCUGGACUUGUUUCGGUCACUCUCAGGGGUCGAGGGAUGGGCCAGCGCGAGGGAUGUUAAGCAGCUUGCCAAGGACAUCUUUCGCAAUGUAGAUCUUUCUUCUCCGUCAUUAAAAGUCGAGCAAGAUGAGGUCAGCGAAGCGCUUAACACCAUGCUCCUGAAACGCUCAAAAAUGGAACAAGAUGCUGCGGCGACAGACUUGAGCCUGGACUUGGCGAACCUCCAACUGCGCGAGGGUUCGCGACCACCCUUGCCCUCCCAGAGCAAUAUAUCUACCAAAUCCCAGCAAGAAGAGCGCACAAACAAGACAGAUGACGUGGUCAGUACGGAGGAGCCCGACCAAGACAAAUCGGCCUGCGAUGGCCUGGGCAUUCGGGACGCUGGUGUAAGAGAUGAGGUUUGGGAACAGCUUCAGCAAGAUUGGGCCGAGGAGCAACGCCGCGAGGCAGAGUAUCGCGAAUUAAAAGAGGCGCAGAAAUCUGCUACAGACGAGAAUCGGGAGCGCAUUGUGCGGCAGUUGAUAGAAGAAGAAAAACGUAGGAAAGAAGAGGCGGCUAUGAAGGCAAGAUUAAUGGCUCUUGGAAGAUGUCCCGUUGGCUAUCACUGGAUUAAGCAAAGCGGUGGUUACAGAUGCGCUGGGGGUUCCCAUUACAUGUCAGAUGCGGAUAUUAAUGCCCUUUGA